CUUUACUUGCUUACACUAUAUAAACAGAGAGAAACAUUCUCUCUGCAUCAGAUAUUCUAUCAUCACACAUCAUGGAAUUUAAGGUAGCUGCACUCGCCGCUCUUUUGGCCGUUGCCCUUGCCCGCCCUCAGAACGGCUAUGGCGUUCCAACGCCCUCUUCAGCACCUGCCAAGUACGACUUCAACUACGCCGUCAACGAUCCCCCAUCUGGCAACGACUUUGGCCAUCAGGAGGCCCGAGAUGGUCCUAAUACUCAGGGUUCCUACUAUGUCCUCCUUCCCGACGGUCGUCUCCAGAGAGUCACCUACACUGUGAACGGUGAUUCAGGCUAUUUGGCCGAGGUUACCUACGAGGGUGAGGCGCAGUACCCCUCCACACCACGCCCCUAUACACCCGCCCCACAGUAUGGUUAAAUGUAGGGAUUUCGUAACCUCUGUGUAGAUAAAUUAAUAAACUAGUAUA